AUGUAUCCCACUGUAAUGUCACAGAUCCAUCUUUCUUCCACAGAAGAAGAAGAAGAAGAAGAAUACCUCCACUCUCACUUUUGCAGAGACCUGAGCAGUUUCCAGCAGGGCUGUCUAAAUAAGUGUGUUAACCAAGAAAAACUGUCAAAGCUUCAAGCCCAAGUGCGGAUUGGAGUAAAGGGCUUGCCUCGUAGAAAGAAGAAGGUGGUUUACAGGACGGCAACAGCUGAAGACAAAAAGCUCGCAAAAGAAGUUGGUUGUCAACCACAUAGCUGGAAUCGAGGAGAUACGUUUCUAAGACUCGGGCGCUCUGCUUCGUGCGAACAUUUACGCAUUAGGACCCAACUUUUGUUUUUUCCACAGGUCAACGUGAUCAAAGAUGACGGAACUGCAAUCCAUUAUAACAACCCUAAAGUUCAGGCUCUGUCUGCCAACACCUUCGCCAUCUCAGGUCAUGCUGAGACCAAGCGGCUAACAGAGAUGCUUCCCCGCAUUCUUAGUCAGCUGGGAGCAGAAAGCAUCAGCAGCCUGCGCAAACUGGCUGAACACUUUCCACGGCAAGCUCUUGACAGCAAGGCUCUAAGAGUAGAGGACAUUCAGGAAGAGGAUGACGACGCUCCAGAUCUGGUAGAGAACUUCGAUGAAGCAUCAAGAAACGAGGCGGACUGACGCAUGAGGUUCACAUUCUCGUGAACUGGACCGUUAAUGAAGCAGAAACCUCCCUGUGUUCAAGUCUUACUUAAAUCUGUGAACCAUCAGAAACUAUCUCACAGACUUUUUUUUAAAAUGUCCUGCUGACGGCUGAGGAUGAAUUAUUUGUGCAUUUGUGAAAAAGCGUAAACAAGCCCCACUUUUGCAUCCAUCAUCAGCACCAGAACCCAGUGCACACAUCUUAAUAGUUUAAAGUACCAAAUAAAAGUGAUUCAGGUUUCUUAAA